GUGUAUGAAUGAAUUUGUAUUCAUUAAUCUGUUGGCAAUAAAUGUCUUGUCACAAUGUAGCCAUGGAAGCCUACAAGGAUGUCAACAAAAAAAGGGCUCACGGGGAUUGGUACUCGGAUGCAGCACUCCUAUGUGUACCAUUUUAACCUCUCUACAUGCCGCUUAUGUUAUUCCCGUCUCUUGCAAGUUUGUUUUGGUCCAGGGUUAGUCUUACCUGUGUUUGUCAUGAACAGUUAGUCUUGUAUCUAUCUUUCCUGUUGUCAGAGAUAUGCUCUUGGUGAUGGCGAUCGAUUUCCAUCAGACGGUUGCCAAUGAAUUUCUACACCAGUAUCAGAAGCAUCCUAAGGUUAAGGCCUGCGACCUUUAACAAUGAGAUAUGUUAUGGUCAACCAGGGAUUCUGGUUAGGUCACCCAAAUCUCCUUAUGUACAGCGCACAAUGAGAAACUAAUCAUGUCUCGCAUCACAUAGCAUGCACAAAGAUACCAAAAGAGUACAGCUUUUACAUCUAAAUGAGUGGUUGGUCGUACUGCAAUCUAUCCCAAAUUCAAUACCAAACCUUAAAUUAGAAACCUCUUGAUGGUCUUAGAGCUUCUUCGGUGGGAAAGGAUUCCAUUUGUGGAUACGUGAGAUAUAGGAUCUGCUUGUGUUGGACCUGGUCCUCCAUGCGCUCUUCCCUCGAAACGCAGGGACCAUCAGCCGACCCCUAUCAAAUCAGAGAUCAGCGCAAGGAAGACAGCAGCUGUGGUGUUUGUCUCCCAUAGGUUAGUACGGUUGUUGCGUCCUCACCUGCAACUUAACUGUUUCCCAUGCACCCCAGCCAGUCAAAGCUGCCCUUUUACUUUCCCCUCAUCUUUGGGCCCACCUCCCCGCAUCCCAAGGUUGGUGGGUCUGGUCACCUUCCUCUUGCUGUCAGUAAUCCUCUAGCCAUCCCCCAGUACAGUCCCCAGCGGCUGACAAAAAGGGCCAGAAGCAUGGAAUAAAUGAGCCCCAAGCCCAAAAGAAGACGCAGGAAGGGAAUCUCUAAUCUCCACUAUUGUCUUUACUCCUCAAUCGCACAGCACCCUCUCCACUCUUUUUUCUCUCCACCCUCCUGUUUCUUUUACUCCUGUUGUCUUUAGCUCCCCUGCAGAUGAGGACCAUCAUGGCAAGAACCCCCCAUGAGUCAUCCUUCUCCUUCUCCAAGAGGCACUUCCAACGGAUCAUCGGAAAGGGCGGUGGGGGUGAAGAGAGGAAGCAUGCAGAAGGUGGGGAGGCAGAGGAAGAGUUUCUCGCUUUCUCCAACUCCUCAUCAAACGUUUGUGAUGAUGAGCCCGUGGCGGCCGCUCCACCGCCUGCGAGGAAAAGGGGGCCUUCCUCUGCUGCCGUGGCCGUCUCGAGGUUCCGGACGGUUAUAGCCGCGGUGAUUGCCCGGAGGCAUCGGCUGGCGGGCCUGGGCCCCCGCGUCACCGGCACCCUGUUCGGGCACCGCCGGGGCCAUGUCCACUUCGCCUUUCAGGUGGACCCCCGCUCGUGCCCGGCGCUGCUCAUCGAGCUCGCCACGCCGACGAGCACGCUCGUGAGGGAGAUGGCAUCGGGGCUGGUGCGAAUUGCCCUGGAGUGCGAGCGGAGGGGCGGGAAGGUGGCGGGGAAGCUGCUGGAGGAGCCUCUGUGGCGGGCCUACUGCAACGGGAAGAAGUGCGGCUACGCGGUGCGGCGCGAGUGCGGGCCGGCCGAUUGGAGGGUGCUGCGGGCGGUCGAGCCGGUGUCGAUGGGCGCGGGGGUGCUGCCGGGGGAUGGGAGCUCCACCUCGGAGGGGGAGAUGAUGUACAUGAGGGCGAGGUUCGAGCGGGUGGUGGGAUCUAAAGACUCCGAGGCCUUCUACAUGAUGAACCCUGAUAACAACGGUGGCCCUGAGCUCAGUAUCUACUUGCUAAGAGUUUGAUUCCAAAAGGAUUCUGAUCCUAUUCUCUCCUUGGCCAUGGAAAAAGAUUUAGGUUCUUUCUGGUAAGCAUGGUACUUUGGGUGGUUGGUUCUGUUUUGCCUUUAAUUUUCCUCCUCUUUUUUCCUUUUUUUUUUUUUCUCUCUUUUUCUUCUUUCCCCUUCAAUUCUACUGGUAAUAAACUGGUUUUGCUUUGGGGGACUGUUUUGUUAGAUUUAGUAGACAAGGUGUUCUAUAGCGGUAUAGUGGUCUACUGGUAAUGCUUAAAACUAGUGGUUGGCUUGAAGGUUUGUCAAAACAAUUGUUGUAACAGCGCAUAAGCUGGGGGUAUAUAUUGUAGUUGGCUGUGUAUUUAUAUCUUUCUUAUAAUUUCUAUUUGGAGAAUAGGAGGAUCCAAGGUAAUGAAUCCACUAUGAUGUAGUUUGAUGGAUAAAUGUUCCUAAAUUGAUGUUUCAUUAGUAAUUUCUUCACCUCAUGCUUUUGGA